UUUGUGAAAAUCAUUCAGUUCGGGAGUAAACGGCGGCAAGUAAAGAUCUCUGAAAACUAAGAAACCGAACCGAAAGCGCAGUGUGUGUGUAGAGAAAGUGUUAAGAUCUCUAUAUAUAGAAUUAGAUAUAUGUAGCUAUAUUGACUGAGAAAAAAAAGGAAAUAGAUACAUACAGUUCAAAAAAGAAGAAGAAGAAAAAGAUUUUCAUUAAAAACUGAAGAUUUACAUAUGACUCAAAAUUGUUGGUGAAUCGAAAAAAAAAUUAAAAAAAAAAUAAUUAACUUAAAAUCAUGGCCGAUGUACCGGAACCUGUCAAAAAGUGUGCCCUCAUGCUAAAGGCAACCAAAAGUGACUCGGAAAAAUUUGCUGCCUUGUUCAUGGUCACGAAAUUGGUGAAGGGCAAAGACUGCAAUGCUGCUGCCAAGAAGUUGCUGUUCGAAGCCAUUGGUUUUGAUUUCAUGAAAAAGUUGUUGAAUGGCAAAAAUCUGCCCAAUGACUGCCCACCUCUGGUGUAUAAAAGUGUGGCCUUGUCCAUACUCACCUGCUUCUGCCAAGAAGAGGAAUUGGCCACCCACAAGGAUUUGUUGGAUGUCAUACCCACGUUGCUGGAAAUUGUGGAACAGGCCGAUGAUGAUGACUGCGAUGAUAAUCUGAUUGUGGUGAGUGAAGCCUAUAGCUGUCUGAAAUUGAUUGCCGAACAUGAGCCGGGCCAAAAUGCCCUCAUGAGCAUGAGUGCCAUUCCCAAGAUGUCCCAGAUCUAUUCGGCUCAAAGUUUCCAAACGGAUGAGGCCUUGCAAUUGAUUGUCUUGUUGGUAAAGAAAUUCGGCAAGGCCUCAUGGACCGAUGAUCCAAAGCCCUUCCAUGCCUUGGUGCAACGCAUUGCCUUGGACAUGGAGACGGAACACAGUGAGCGCAAGUACGAUCUGUGCAAGAUCUUGUCGGCCAUUUUGAAAACCUGCAAACGUGAGAUUAUCUACAAUUCGCUGGAGGGUGAAAUUUGGCCCGAGAGUUUGUUCAAGGGCUGCAGUGAUAUUUUGAAGAGUAAAAUUGGCCCCAAGCAGAGGGACCCCACGUUGCACUUGAUUGCCACCACCCUGCAGGUUUUGGGCAUCCAGUGGGCCUUUAUGUGUGAUGAGAAACAAUUCUAUUUGUUGAUCCUGCAAAUGGCUGCCAUUGAGGUGAGAAUGCAAAUGGAUGAGAAGAAGCUGGAGGCCACCUUCCGCAAUGCCCCUCUGAUCCAGUGUUGUUUCAUUAUUUUGGAACACUGCAUCGAAUACAUGUCCAAGGAUCAAUUGGAUUUGGAUGCCAAGGAAAAGCAGACCACCUAUUCCGCCCUGAAAUAUGCCUUUAAUCAAGUUUUGGCUGUGCUGACCAGGGUGUCCAAUGACAAGGUAAAGGAUAGCAGCAAUCCCAAGGAUAGAGAAUUCAUCAAGGCCACGGUGCGUGUACUGUCCGCCUGGUUGGCCCAGGAGACCACGGCCAUGCGACCGGCCAUAUACAAGUUGUUGCCGUUUAUGUUUAAGGUAACGAAUGACUCUUUCAAUGAGUUGAAGGAAUGGCGUGCCGGUCCCAAGGACACUGAGCCACCUGUAGACAUUCUCCGGGUUAUGUUGCCCGCCUUGUGCCACUUGGUUGUGGAGGAUGAUGCCCGUAAGGUGAUAUUUGCCACCAAACAGGAUGAGGUAUUCCUGCAACAAAUUGAAUUCUAUUUCACCAUUGCCCACUACAAACGGCCACCCAUACCUCGGGCCGAACGUUUGAAACGUAUGAACGAACCCGAUCCCGUACCCACCCCCGAGCAGUUGGCUGAAAUGAAGACGGCCCGUGCUGCCAUUUGUUCCCUCUGCAAUAUUCUAAUGAACUUGACGGUCUUGGAACCCAAACUGGCCGAGGAUGGUCCCGUGUUUGCCAAUAUGUUUAAAUUUGUCUACGAACAUUUGCCCGAACUCAAGGACACUCCCGACAAUUUGCUGAUGCACGGCAAUUUGGCUGUCCUGGGUUUGCUGUUGCUCAAACAGCAAUCGAAGAAGGUGAAACAAAACGAUUUCUCCAUUUGUCGUUACAUUCAGGCCACCAUACGUUUCCUCUGGGAUGCCUAUAACAUUGAUGAGUCCAAUGAUCCAACUGCCCUGGUGGUGUCCAUUGCCUACAAGGAACACUGGAUGGAGUUGCAGGAAUUGUGGUUCUUGGGUAUGCAAACCAUGUGCGGUGUCCUGCCCUUGGUGCCUUGGAUUUCGGAGUUUGCCAUUGAAUCAGGCUGGGCCGAGGGUAUUGUGCAGACCCUGAAGCGGGUCAAGAUUGGCACUCUGCCGGCCAAUGUGAAAUGUGCCUAUGAAGAUUUCCUCUCCCAACUGGUGGAUGUCAACUCCACCGUGGCAGCUGUUUUGAAAAAGGCCGAUGCCUUGAGGGUGUGUCGUAAUCAUCGUAUGAUGGAAUUGGGCAAGAGACUGUUUGGUGACUAAGUUUCCCCCCCGGCCCACAAGGAGAGGAUCUUUCUAUAUUUCUUCUUAAAUUUAAGUUUAAUAUGUUUUUAAAUCCACUUUUUUAAUAAAAAAAAACAAAAACUAUUUUUUUUCUUAUAUUUAAAAUAAUUAACACCAUUUUUUUUUUGUAUGAAUAACAGCUACAAAUAAACAAAAUCCCUAUGAAAUUUUUUAUAUAUAAAAAAAAGAAAAUGAAAAAAAUAAAUCAAAAAAAUUUCCAAACAACAA